GUUAAGGAAAAAAAAUAUUCAUUGUAAAAGUGCUUUGUAAGCAUCCAGUGAUUUCUGCCGAGUAAAAUCACAACAUAAAGCUCAAUUUACAGAAAAACAUUUUUUUUGUGUGUGUUGUUGUGAAGAAGAAAACAAAAUAAAAGAAUUUAUAUAAAUUGAAAUUGCUGUGAAAUAAGUGAAAUAUUCAAUUAAACUAAGAGGAAAAUGUCAGAGGAAACUGUUGGAGACAUUGUACUUAUUACAGGUGGCAGUGGAUUUUUAGGGCAGCAUAUCGUACGUCUGAUUGAGGAGCGUGAUCCAACAGUGAAGGAAAUUCGUAUUGUGGACUUGCGACCAUACGAAAAUCGAUUAAACCAUCCUGAAAAAAUAAAAAUAACGAGCGUUGUCGGCGACAUUUGUGAUGCAUCAGCCAUCGAACAUGCAUUUGAAGGUGUUACGUGCGUAUUCCAUUGUGCUGCAUACAUCAGCUUCCAUUAUCCUCCUAAUAUUGAUGAAUUAAAUCGUGUUAAUGUGAAGGGAACGAGAACGAUAAUUGAUCUGUGUAUCAGGCAUAAUGUGCCAAAUCUAAUCUACACCAGCACUGCAUUGGUCUCAUUCGCAACAUAUAUGGGCCAAGGAUCAUUUUCCAUAAUUAUAAAUCAAACUGAAAACAAGGCAAAAACGCCAGCAACUGACAGUCAAUUCAUCAUUCCUGGAUUUCCAGCAACAAAGUUAAGAGCUGAAAAAAUGGUCCUUUCAUCAUAUGGACGAAAGUUGGCAAAUGGCGAAGAUCAUUUAAAGACGGUUUGUCUGCGACCAACAUGCAUGUAUGGUGAGGAGGACAAUCACUUUUUUACGAAAAUUUUGAAAUUUGCUGACAAAUGGAACGGAAAGAUCCCAAGAUUAGCUGAAGGUGGGAAGAAGCAGUGCACUUAUGUCGGCAAUGCGGCAUGGGCCCAUCUCUGUGCAAAAGAUAAACUCAAAAAUGAGCCAAAGAGCAUAGCCGGAAUGCCAAUUUUUAUAACUGAUGACACACCAGUCACUGAUGCGGUGAGAUUGGCACAACGUAUCAAUGCUGAUAUGGAAGCAUUUAAGAUUAAACCCACAUCAUGGUCGAUUCCGUUCGUAAUUUGCUUCAUCAUCGUCAUGUUUAUGGAAAUGUUUGUUAAAUUUAUGAAUCUAUUCACAAAAUAUCAAGUCAAAUAUUGUCCACGUGGAAUGUUCGCAUAUGCAUCAUCAUUCGUACUCCUUGAUCGCUUACGUAGCUCAACUGCACUUGAGUAUGAUCCGAUUUAUAGCGUUAACGAAGGAUUUUCGAGAAGUGGAAAGUGGUACGAUUUGUGGAUUCAACGAUACAAGGAUAAAAAUCUUAAAAAACACAAACAACAACAGCAGCAAUUGAGAGAGCAUGAAAGCUCUUAGAAGGGAUCAUCUCUAUUAUGGUUGAGUGGAGAUAUUGAAAGAAGAAAAUAUGAUUAUGAUGAGAAUGAUAAAAAAAUAUUGUGAAAGAAGAUAAUAACAGUGGAUUUGAAAAAUAUAUAAAUGUAAUAAAAUUAAGGCGAGGUUUAUGAACUAUUUUGAUGAUUUUUGUAAAUUUUAUGAUUGAUUUGAAUUUUUUUUGUACAAACAUUUUUGAAAAAUGUUGCAAUAAUUUUAUAAACGUUUA